UGUGCGCAGGCGCGGCUGUCCAGCCAUGGCGGAGAAGCAGGACCCAAACCCGGACUCGGGUGCUGGUCCUUCGGUGCUGUUCCUGCACCCGGACCUGGGUGUGGGUGGUGCCGAGCGGCUGGUGCUGGACGCGGCGUUGGCGCUGCAGUCGCGCGGGUGCCGCGUGAAGAUCUGGACGGCGCACUACGACCCGGGCCACUGCUUCGCCGAGAGCCGGGGGCUGGCGGUGCGCUGCGCCGGGGACUGGCUGCCCCGCGGGCUGGGCCCCGGCGGCCGGGGCGCCGCGGUCUGCGCCUACGUGCGCAUGGUCUUCCUGGCCCUCUACGUGCUGUUCCUCGCCGACGAGGAGUUCGACGUGGUUGUGUGCGACCAGGUGUCUGCCUGUAUCCCAGUGUUCAAGCUGGCCAGACGGCGGAAGAAGAUCCUGUUCUACUGUCACUUCCCAGAUCUGCUUCUCACCAGGAGAGAUUCCUUUCUGAAACGGCUGUACAGAGCCCCAAUUGACUGGCUAGAGGAGUACACCACAGGCAUGGCAGACUGUAUCUUGGUCAACAGCAAUUUCACAGCUGCUAUUUUUAAGGAAACCUUCAAGUCCCUGUCUCACAUUGACCCUCAUGUGCUCUACCCAUCUCUGAAUGUCACCAGCUUUGACUCUGCUGUUCCUGAAAAACUUGAUGACCUAGUCCCUGAGGGGAAAAAAUUCCUCUUCCUUUCUAUCAACAGAUAUGAGAGGAAGAAAAAUCUGACCUUGGCACUGGAGACUCUAGUCCAGCUGCGAACACGGUUGGCCUCACAGGAUUGGGAGAGGAUUCAUCUGAUAGUGGCAGGUGGUUACGAUGAGAGAGUGCUAGAGAAUGUGGAACACUAUCAGGAAUUAAAGAAAAAAGUCCAGCAGUCCGACCUUGACCAGCAUGUGACCUUCCUGCGCUCUUUCUCAGACAAGCAGAAAAUCUCACUCCUCCAUGGCUGCACGUGUGUGCUUUACACACCCAGCAAUGAGCACUUUGGUAUCGUCCCUCUGGAGGCCAUGUACAUGCAGUGCCCAGUCAUUGCUGUCAACUCAGGUGGACCCUUGGAAUCCAUCGUCCACAACGUUACAGGGUUUUUGUGUGAGCCUGACCCGGUACACUUCUCAGAAGCAAUAGAAAAGUUUAUCCACCAACCAUCCUUAAAAGUCACUAUGGGCUUGGCUGGAAGGGCCAGGGUAAAGGAGAAGUUUUCCUCUGAGGCAUUUACAGAACAGCUCUACCAGUAUGUGACCAAACUGCUAGUAUAAUCACAUUCUCUUAAAGUCUUUAUGCUGCAUUCAUUACCAUCAUUUUUAUGGAUUGUAAAAACACUUUUGAGACCAAAAAAAGGAACCUAGAAUCUAGUAUAGAGGGAUUUUUUUUUUUUUAAUAGACACCUCCACCUACAUUUUCAGAAAAACAUUCCAAGUCCUACUACUGUUAGAAAAAUGGUAGAUUCCACCUUUGGCAGAAUAUUUGAAUUAUAUCUUUUGGAUUAUUGUUGCUCUGCAUAUAAGUAGUUAAUUAUAUUGUGCCUUAAUCGGUUUUCUUGCUUUAAGUAUAUGGUUAUCAAAAUUGGUUAAUAUGACUUCAGAGCAUGAAGACAGACUGCUGUGGUUCCCAGACUCCAUUCACUGAAGUAUUUACUGUCAGCUGCUAAGAAAUCCUUGCUUAAACCGACCCCUGUCUGGGCGAUAGCAAGAAUGCAGUGUUUUUUAUAGAGAUGAUGUGUUGUAUUUUUUACAUUCUGAGACGUGAUAAAACAUGUUCCGCAUAGUAAAAAGACAAUAAAGCACUAGAUUUUA